UAUAAUUAUACCAAUCUUCUAUGCAUGUCUGUUCCAGUAUACCGGUAGUCGAAUGUCUUCAGUGUAUAUAAGGAGAGCCUGAGCAGCCCAACACAAGUUGAAGACUGACUCUAGAAGACUAAUAGCCUCAUCAUGAAGAUUCAAGCCAUCAUCAUUGUCACUUUACUGGCACUACUGCCUCUUCUUCAAGCAAAGCCGAUGAAUCGUUUCAAGGAGAGUGCUAUCAUUGAUAUGCUCACAGCAAUCAUGCAGGAAGAGAGCAUGGCCCGAGAGUCAAAGGAAACAAUCGAUCAAGAGACAGUCAAUGCUAUGCAAAAUCCUACAGCUGGUGCUGGAGUGACUUUCACCAGAUGGGGCCAUGAUGCCUGUCCCACUGUCGCUGGAACUGCACUGGUUUACACGGGGCGAGUAGCCGGGGCAUAUUUCAAUCAGAGAGGAGGGGGUUCCAACUAUCUCUGCCUGCCUAAUGAUCCGGACUAUGGCGUUAUCGGUACUAACUAUAUACACGAUUUCUCUCGAAUAUAUGGAACUGAGUAUGAACUCCCCGCUGCUGGCACACAUGACACCGAUGCACCGUGUGCUGUGUGCUAUGAUUCUGUUCGGAGCAGUAAACUAAUGAUUCCUGCAAAGACAAGUUGCCCUACCGACUGGACCAUAGAGUACUUUGGCUACUUAAUGGCAGCAGCGAAUUUUGGAGAUCGAUCUCGUGGCCAAUAUGUGUGUGUCGAUAAAGAGCAAAAGGCCCUUCCUGGGUCGAAUAUUAACUUAAAUGGAAAUUUACUCUACCAUGUUCGAGCCACUUGCAUCGGCACCGGCAUUCAGUGUCCUCCUUAUGACUCUAAAAGAACAUUGACUUGUGUUGUGUGCACAAGGUGAGAGCAUGGCACUCUAAAGUUUCAGUAAUGAAGACCUCAUUGGCGUGACUAUUGUAGUAUAUAGUAAUAGUUCUAGCUAGUAGUAUAGACGUUAACUGACUCUGAAGGUUAUUGAACAAUUUAUAGUAGCUAUAGUUUUUCUUGUGUAUAGUUGAGAUGUAAAACAAUAUUGUUUUCUUGAUAUAAUUAUAUAUAAUGCCGUAAUCAAUUGAUAUGUAUACACUG